AUGACUAGUCUUGUGAUUGAUAAUCAGGUGAUGGAGAUCUGCAUUGCCAUCUUGGUCCACAAGAGCAUCAUCGUCUUCAGCCUCUCGGUAAAGCUGAUGCAGAGUGCUAUCCGACCCAUGUGGGUCAUCAUCUACAUCCUUGUUUUUUCCAUAAUGUCGCCAAUGGGCAUCGGUGUUGGCAUCGGGGUGAGUGAAGCUCAGCUACGGAUGGGAGCAUUUAUCCAGGCUGUGCUGGAAGGCCUGGCAGCAGGAACAUUCAUUUACAUCACAUUUCUGGAAAUCCUCCCUCAUGAGCUCAACUCCCCGGAGCGACAGCUUCUCAAAGUGCUCUUCAUCUUAAUCAGAUUCUCUCUCAUGGCUGCUCUGUGCUUCCUGGGUUAA